AAGUAAGCAUUAUUCCCUCGUCCACUCGUCCACUUGUUCUUUGCCUAACUGUGCUGCUACUGUUAAGUGGAGGAGGAAUAGAGGGGAAGAGGGGACUUACCUGGAGGGGCGGAGGCAUCACACCUGUCCUAGGAUGUGGAGGAACCUUCAGGUGAUGCUGGUAGUGGGUGUGGUUGGGGUGUGCAUGCCGCCUCUGCUUCUCAACACCUUCAGGAGAGUCGUCACCAUGGCCGCCUCAGGAGCGUACGUCCCUGGCACUCACUCCAUGGCCUUUGUCACCGCCCCAUCGCAGGAGGUGGCCAAGAAGAUUGCUGGUGGCCUGGUGAAGAACAAAUUAGCAGCGUGCGUCAACAUCAUUCCCAACGUGGUGUCUGUGUACGAGUGGAAGGAGGAGAUUAACGAGGAUCCUGAGGUGAUUAUGAUGAUCAAGACCCGCACGUCCCGCCUGGAGGAGCUGACCAAGUAUGUGCGGGAGAACCACCCCUAUGAUGUGUGUGAAGUGAUCUCGUCCAAGAUUGACCAGGGCAACCCUCCUUACUUGGACUGGAUUAGUGAGAUCGUCCCGGAGAAGUGAAGGGCAGACUAGGGUGUGCAGGUCCUCCUCUUCUCCACUCCAGGACUCCCUAAUGCCAGCUGCUGUGAGGAUGGGAUGAGGGUGAAGGAGUGUGUAUGUGUGUAGAAGUACUGGGGAUGGUGAUAAAAGGUGAGGAUGUGAUGGAAGGAAGAGGAAGAAAAGGAGAUGGAAGAGGAGAGAGGAUGGAGGGGAUAAAGUUGUGAUAAUACUAAUGCUGUUUUUAUUAUUUGUGAAGGUAAAGAAUUUAUUUGCUCAGUUCACUAAUGUAAUGUUUCUGCAGUUUUUCCCAUUAUUGUCAGCACUGUUGUUACUGUUAUUAUUUCCCCAUUUUGUAAAGAAGGUGUGACCCGAGUUUGGUGUUUGUUCCUGCCUUGCCAGUGUGUUCAGGAGAGGCAGUAAAGUUAAAAUGAAUAAAAUGAAGCUUUCUUGAUUAUUUCUCCACUUGAUAAUGAAGGUUUAGCACAAUUUGGUGUUUGUCCCUGCUUUGCCAAGGUGUUCCGGGAGACAGUCAAGUUAAUGCAUGUGAGUGAAGCGUUCUUGUGUCUGACAGCUGAGUGUGGCAUGUAAACACACCUUGUGAAAAUGUGAAUUUGUAAUAAAUCAUAAAACAAAUGUG